UCUUCAAGUAACCAAAAUGAAGCACUUGCGGAGACAUGGUUUACAACCAACGUUCCAAGUGAUAGAACCACUACCAUCUCCGAUGACAACACCGACAAAUCCACCAUCUUCUCAAGCACCGCCUUCUCAAGCACCACCUUCUCAAGCACCGCCUUCUCAAGCACCACCUUCUCAAGCGACAACAUCGCUAGCUGUGCAAACGAUAGAACCACAUCUUUCUCCGGUGACAACAACACCAACUACUGUGCAAGCGACAGAAGCAACACCUUCUCAAGUGACAACACCAAGAUCAGUGCAAGAGACAGAAACAACACAUUUCCAAGAGACAUCCUCUCACUCUGAAGAUGUGGUAGAAGAUGAGCCAGAAAUUUCUCAAAAAAGGAAUUUUACAUUUUGGGAUGUAGAAGUCAUUAAUGAGGCGGGACAUAUUUCAAAGACACACUUAAGGGUAUCAGACGUGCUUGAAGCUCCUCCUAAUGUUAGCAGAAUAAUAACUAGAUGGAAUUCAAAUGGGCAACCGGUAGGAUCAGCUGCUGGUUUGUUAGGCGGUUUUUUGGGUGAAAUUGCAAGGAAGUUUAAGGAUUUUCCUAUAAUGUACGACAAUUGGAAACUAGUUCCAUCGACAAGAAAAAAUGAAAUUUUUAAGGAUAAAAUACAGGUAUCAAUUAUAAACAACUGAAUAUUCUUUAUU